GUAGCGCGCGCAGGGGGAAGGUGCCACGCGACAGGGCCGCGGUGUUUCUGUCUGCACUGUGCUGUACUCCUGUCUUUCUCUUCACUGCCUUUUUUCUGAUUUGAAAUAUCUGCGACAGUCCAACUGUGCUAAAUAGCACCAUGAAUAAGUCGCAGUCGCCAUAUGACACGCUUCCGCGUAUUGCUGAGUAUUACGACAACUCAAACUCGCACAAUUCGGCGCUUCACCUCAUUCUUACACUGCGACCCGACUGGCGGGAGACCAAGGAUACAAUCGAGUUUGUGCGGUUUACAGACGGGAUCACGAAUACGCUGCUGAAGGCGGUGAACAAGCUGCCAGGUCUGUCGACAGCAGAGGUGGAUGAGGAUGCGAUACUGCUGCGAGCAUAUGGCAAGGGCACUGAUGUGCUCAUAGACCGUGAGAAAGAGACACGGUCGCACUGCCUCCUUGCUCGCCAUGGCCUCGCACCCCCGCUCUACGCCCGGUUUGAGAACGGUCUUCUUUACAAAUUCGUUCCAGGCAGCGUGUGCUCACCUGCUGACCUGCGACGACCAGAUGUAUGGCGUGGAGUAGCUCAGAGGCUUGGAGAAUGGCAUGCCACAUUACCAAUUUCCAGUAUCAGCAGCACGUGCCCAGCUCCUUCUCAACUUGCUCCCAGCAACAAGCGUGCUUCCUUGGUUGCUAUGGCCCAGCUCACGCCCGGCAAGCCUGUUCCGAACGUGUGGACAACUAUGCAGAAAUGGAUCGAUGCGCUCCCAACAAGCACCACCGCGCAAACGACACGCCGAGAGCAACUUACUGCCGAACUCGCUUCCUUGACCAACCUGCUGGGUGACACGCCUGGUGUUGGUGGCUCAAACCCAUUCAUCUUCGCUCAUUGCGAUCUCCUCUCCGGCAACGUGAUCAUCGAGCUUUCACCAUCGUCCGCAUCGAACUCACGUCGUUCUAGUUCCUCCAACGGGUCAGAGGAGCCUGAGACGGCGGCGGCACCAGUGUCCUUCAUCGACUACGAAUAUUCUACACCUGCGCCCGCCGCCUUUGACAUUGCAAACCAUUUCGCCGAGUGGGGUGGUUUCGAAUGCGACUACAACGUCUUACCUUCACGUAGCGUACGCCGCUCCUUCCUCCGCGAGUACCUCCGCAGCGCCAGCAUACAUUUGAAUCGAUCGCACACUGAGGCAGAAGUUGAGGAACUGUUUGAGCAGGUCGACAGGUUUCGCGGGGUGCCGGGCUUCUACUGGGGUAUCUGGGCGCUGAUCCAGGCACAAAUCUCGCUGAUCGACUUUGACUACGCAGACUACGCUGAGGUCCGGCUCGGGGAGUAUUUUGCAUGGAAACGAGAGGUCAGCGGUGAGCGAGAAAAGUCGGGAGAGGCCAUGCCAGAACGGGAACGAAUCUGGGCUAAGGAGGAGUAAACGAUUCGAGAUGGAAACACUGAUUAAAUUGGCGUUGGGAGCAAGCGAGCGAUUCAACAUGUUCAGAUAAGGCGCUAGAUGCCAUGCAUACCGUGCCCACUUCAUCAGAGGGGCACUCCUCACCUUCUCAUAUUAAUAGUACAUCUAAGUAAUACAAACACAAGCAGCUUUGUCACUCAU